AUGCCCCACCGCGUGGCCAACUUCCUCCGUACUUCAUCGGGCAACAUUGCGCAGAUCAAGAAGGUCGCUCGAUCACGCACAAACAGCCCUUACACAUCUGAUGGUGAGGAUCGACCAGAAGUUCACGCCGUCAGAAUGCCCGACCUCGCAGACGCCGUCAAGAAGCACCACCGCAUCUCGCUGCCUUUUGGCAAGUCGAGCAAGGAUCAGGUUUCUGCCGUUUCCAUCGACUGGAGCAUCGAGAGCCCCCCGGUUGUCUUCCAUGGCAAUGCCGAGGACAGCACCGGAGCCCUCAUCACGGGCCAGAUGUUCCUCGACGUCAAGGAGGAAGCUGUCGAAAUUGGCAGCUUCUCGGCAUCCCUGAAGCUUCACGUCUUCCAGAAGCGACCCUUCCAGAGCCACUGCACCGACUGCCAGAACCAGUACACUGAGCUCCAGGCCUGGCAACUGCUCGCUCACCCUACCACUCUUCGAAAGGGUCGUCACGCAUAUCCCUUUUCUAUCCUCCUCGGUGGUCACCUCCCCGCUACCAUGGAUACCCCUCUGGCCGCCAUCUCCUACGAGUUCAAGGCCGAUGCCUACGUCACUCGCGGCAUCAACUCUACCUCUGGCACUUGCGCGCCCGUGCGAUUUGAGAGAACCAUUCCCGUGAAGCGCUCUCUGCCUGAGAACGAGAUCCCUCACCACUCUGUCCGAGUCUUUCCUCCCACAAACAUCAAGGCUAGUGCCCACUACAACAACGUCAUCCACCCCACCGGUACCAACACAGUCAACCUGCGACUCGACGGCUUGAUGAGUCGUAACGAGAAGGCCAAGACGAUUGACUUCUGGCGACUAAAGAAGGUUACCUGGAGGCUCGAGGAGACGAUCAAGACUGUGGCUCCCGCCUGUGAGCGACACGCCCCCGCCCAAGCUCAAGACCCCGAGAAGAAGGGUCUUCCUCGGAACGAGGUCCGUGUCCUGGGCGAGAAGCACCUGCACGAGGGCUGGAAGUCGGACUUUACCGGUACCGACGGCAAAGUUGAGAUGGAGUUUGACUACUUUGCCAACCAGUACAAGUCUCACAGCAAGGAGCUGAAGUAUGCUUGCGAUACCAAGUCCCACGACGGAAUCGAGGUGACCCACUCGCUCCUCAUUGAGCUGGUCGUGUCCAGGGAGUACGCGCCCGAGGGCAAGCCACAACUCGCAACACAGACGGGCACCGGCCGCAUUCUACGGAUGCACUACGGCGUUGUCAUGACGGACCACGCCGGCAUGGGCGUCAGCUGGGACAACGAGGCCCCGCCUGUCUACCAGGACGUGCCCCCAAGCCCCCCGGCCUAUCCUAUGCAGGAGUCUCCCAUCGAGUACGAGAGCCUGGAGCAACUCGAUGCUCACCGACUCAGUGUUUCCAACUCUUCAAUUGACAGCCGACAAUCCUGA